AUGCAGGUGUCAGAUUUGCGUUGCCUGACCUGCCGGUCCUGCGGCUCUCGAAGUGGCGCAAUGGGAGGCGGCAAGUCAAAGGAAGAGACCGUGAAGGAGAAGGCUAGAGAGUGGCAGAGGCAGAUCCGCGGUGAGAGUCGGCGGAUCGAGCGUGACGUGGCCCGAAUGCGUCAAGAGGAGGAGAAAUUGAAGAAGGAGAUUAAGGUCAUGGCUGAGAAGGGACAGGCGGCCAGUGUGAAGACCUUGGCUCGACAAGUUGUCCGCUCAAGGAAGGCCGUGGCCAGACUGGAGAGGACGAAAUGCUCCAUGUCAGCCGUCAGCCUGCAUCUCACCACCGCAGUUGCGUCCAUGUCUACCGCCAGUGCGCUCAAGAUGUCCUCCGGAGUCAUGAAGGAGAUGAAUAGGUUGAUGAAUGUUCCUGAGCUACAAAGAACUAUGGAGGACAUGCGACAAGAGAUGAUGCGCGCAGAGAUAGCCGAUGAGAUGAUGGAAGAAGGUUUCCAAGAAUCCGAUGACGAGACCGAGAUUGAUUCCGCUGUUGCUCGAGUCUACGAGGAGCUGGCGCUGGACAAAUCGCAGCUUCUAGACACAGGAGCGUCAGCAACACCAGCGCCAGUGGCUGCACCGGUGCCCGAAACCACGGAGGAUCCUCUAAUGAAGCGCCUACAAGAGCUUCAAAGGUGAAGCUUCUCGCUCAACUGGCUGUUUGUUUGGACGGCUCGGGUGCGAUCGAAGCUCUGCACUUUCAUCUGAACAGAGUGAGAGCAUCAAUACAUGUUAGGUAGAUCUGGCUGAAAGCCAGCGCCACCUCUCGCCAGCGCACUGCACACGCAGUCGCUCGUGG